AUGAAGUCCCUCUCGUCUCUAUCGCUGCUGCUGCUUGCCGCAGCAGCGCCUAUCCGUGCUGCUUUUACAUGGAAGAACGUCAAGAUCGGAGGCGGCGGAGGCUUCACUUCGGGCUUUGUGUUCCAUCCAAAGACGAAAGGCGUGGCGUACGCCCGGACUGACAUCGGUGGUCUCUACCGGCUCAACGCGGAUGACUCCUGGACGCCGGUCACCGACAGCAUCGCCGACAAUGCCGGAUGGCAUAACUGGGGCAUUGAUGCUGUCGCGCUGGAUCCCCAGAAUGACCAGAAAGUGUAUGCCGCAGUAGGCAUGUACACGAACAGCUGGGAUCCUAACAAUGGUGCCAUAAUUCGCUCGUCCGAUCGCGGUGCAACAUGGUCAUUCACCAAUUUGUCCUUCAAAGUCGGCGGCAACAUGCCCGGGCGUGGGACGGGAGAGCGGUUGGCAGUGGAUCCCGCCAACUCAAACAUCAUAUACUUCGGAGCUCGUUCGGGCAACGGUCUCUGGAAGUCUACAGAUGGCGGUGUUACCUUCACCAAGGUCUCUUCUUUCACGGCUGUUGGGACUUACAAACCCGAUCCCAACGAUGCCAAUGGAUAUAACAACGAUCUUCAGGGGCUGACUUUUGUUACCUUUGACUCCACAUCUGGGACCAAGAGUGGCGCUACGUCGCGCAUAUUUGUUGGCACGGCCGAUAACACCACUGCGAGCGUUUAUGUUAGCAACGAUGCUGGAAGCACAUGGGCUGCGGUAGCCGGCCAGCCUGGGCAGUUCUUCCCCCACAAGGGCAAGCUACAGCCAGCUGAGAAGGCCCUGUACAUCACAUAUGCCGAUGGGACAGGUCCAUACGAUGGGACCGCAGGUGCUGUGUAUCGUUACGACAUCACGGCAGGCACCUGGAAGAACAUCACUCCCGUUUCAGGAUCGGACCUGUACUUCGGAUUCGGUGGCUUGGGAUUGGACAUGCUGAAGCCCGGUACCCUUGUCGUCGCGAGCUUGAACUCGUGGUGGCCGGACGCGCAGAUCUUCCGAUCGACAGACUCGGGGGCCACUUGGAGUAAGAUCUGGGCGUGGGCAAGCUAUCCCGACAUGACCUACUACUAUGGGCUGACAACACCUCUUGCUCCGUGGGUCAAGACAAGUUUCAUUGAUGUUGAUACCAAGCACUUGGGAUGGAUGAUUGAGUCCUUGGAAAUCAAUCCCCUCGACAGCGAUCACUGGCUGUAUGGCACCGGUCUCACGGUCUACGGUGGCCACGACUUGACUAAAUGGGAUACGGUACACAACAUCUCCAUCCAAGCACUAGCAGAUGGCAUUGAAGAGUUCGCCGUUCAGGAUCUAGCAUCUGCCCCAGGAGGCACCGAACUUCUAGCCGCUGUUGGUGAUGACAGCGGCUUCACCUUUGCCAGCAAGAGCGAUCUAAACACCUCGCCGAAGACAGCUUGGAUGAACCCCAUUUGGUCCACUUCCACGUCCGUGGACUACGCGGGUAAUGCCGUCGCCAGCGUGGUGCGAGUCGGUAACACUGCUGGUUCGCAGCAGGUGGCGUUAUCGUAUGACGGCGGCAAGACUUGGAAUGUCGAUUCUGCGGCGGAUACCUCGACCAACGGUGGCACAGUUGCGUAUUCCGCCGGUGCUGAUACUAUCCUAUGGUCUUCGGCGUCGAACGGGGUCCUCCGCUCCCAGAAUCAGGGCUCUUUCGCAGCCGUGUCCAGCUUACCUUCGGGGGCUGUCAUCGCCUCGGACAAGAAGAACAACACCGUCUUCUACGCUGGUUCCUCUUCCACCUUCUACGUUAGCACAAACACUGGCAGCACAUUCUCAGCGGCUGGUAAGCUAGGUAGUGCCACGGCUAUCCGUGACAUCGUUGUGCUUCCCACCACUGCGGGUGAUGUCUGGGUCUCGACGGAUGUCGGUGUCUUUCAUUCGACCAACUACGGUGCCUCUUUCACUCAAACCUCGACUUCUUUGACCAAUACCUACCAGAUCGCUGUCGGUCUCGGAUCUGGCAGCACGUGGAACGUGUACGCGUUCGGGACUGGAUCGGCUGGUGCGAGAUUGUAUGCGAGCGCCGACAGCGGCACGACGUGGACCGACAUCCAGGGGAGUAGUCAGGGCUUUGGUGCCAUCGACGCCUGCAAAUUGACGGGCAGUGGAAACACGGCCGGACAGGUCUACGUGGGUACCAAUGGCCGCGGUGUGUUCUGGGCACAGGGAGCCGUCAGCGGAGGUGGAGGUUCUUCGACGACAUCAACCGUGAGGACCUCGUCGUCCACAACCACGGCCGCCACGACAUCAACUCAGACAUCGUCAACCUCUACUCUAGUAACCUCCACCACUGUGAAACCUACCACAAGCACCGGGACCUCUACUAGCAGUGCUCCGUCGUCGACCUCGACCGCGGUUGCUCAGCACUACGCCCAAUGUGGUGGCAUUGGCUGGACGGGUCCCACUGUCUGCGUCUCGGGCUACACCUGCACCCGCCAGAACGACUACUACUCGCAGUGCUUGUGA